UACUCUGAGAGCAGCAGAAGUGCCCAGUAAUACUCCACAAUGUCACCAUCAGCUCUGCUAUUUGCUGGGCUACUAACAUGCCAAGUUCUUGUGUUACAAAUAAGCGCGUUACCCACCACACAGAGAUACGAGAUUGUCAUCCCACAGAAACUGCACUCUCAGUAUAAGAGAGACACCCAGAGCAUGUAUCCAGACGUGGUACAGUAUGAAGUCCUGCUGGAAAACAGGCCGCUGGUGCUACACCUUGAGAAGACUGAAGGCCUUAUACAUAAUGAUUUCACUGAGACUCGGUACCAACAGGAUGGCAUGCGGACUACAAACCGCCCAGAGGUCAAGGAUCUCUGCUUAUACCAGGGGCAAGUAAAGGGUGAUCCGCAUUCACUGGUGAGCCUGAGCACAUGUAAUGGAUUAAGUGGGUCGAUCAUGACACAAGGCCAUACUUUCCUGAUCGAGCCCCUCAAGGAGACAGACAGUGAGGAACAUGCUUUUUAUGAAUAUGACCCAAAGGCAGACACUUCCAAAGCCUGUGGUGUGACCUCAAGCAACAUGCCAGAAGGCGAAUUCAACACGGCGUCAUACACCAUGGAUCUGACUGAGAAACAAGAAAUACUGAAUUCAUCAAAAUAUGUUCAGUUGUACGUGGUGGCAGAUUAUUCCAUGGUCCAAAAAUACAACGGCAGUGUAGAGACCAUCAAAAAUAGAAUAUUUCAAAUGAUGAAUUACAAUAACAUGGUCUACAAGGCACUGAAUGUCUUUAUUGCUCUGUGUGGAGUGGAAUUCUGGGAAAAUGGUGAUCAGUUUCCUGUUCCUAGUCCAGCUAAUGAGUGUUUAGGUAAUUUCUCUGAAUGGCGAGAUAAGAAUCUUGUGCCCAGGAAACUUCACGAUGCCGCCGUGUUCUUGACGAAUGUUAAAUUUGUUGCUCCCUUGGUUGGACUCGCAUAUGUAGGUGGGAUGUGCUUUGGUCGCUUCUCCGCUGGAGUUAUCAACGAUUACAGUAAAGAGGCUACCAUUGUUGCAUCCAUAAUAGCUCAUGAGGUGGGCCACAACUUUGGUAUGAACCACGAUUCUACCGACUGCUCCUGCUCAUCAGCUAGUUGCAUCAUGUCAAAAUACGUCAGUCCCGUUGCCCCAACCUUGUUUAGUAACUGCAGUAUAAGCGCCUUCCAGAAUUUUCUACUGACCAAGAACCCAACAUGUAUAAGUGAUAUUCCUGACAAACCAGACAUCCUGACACCCCCCGUGUGUGGAAAUAAAUUCACUGAGGUGGGGGAGGAUUGUGACUGCGGCACAGUGCAGGAAUGCAAAAAUCCAUGUUGCGAUGCUGCCACCUGCAAAAAGAAGCCAAAUGUUCAAUGUACAGGGGGAGAAUGCUGUGAUAACUGUAUGAUCAAGGCAGCCGGACAUGUAUGCAGAGCUAGUAAGGGUGACUGUGAUCUGGAUGACCUGUGUAAUGGAGUAUCUUCUUCCUGCCCAUCUGAUCGCUUCCGGGUCAACGGCUUACCCUGCAACAAUGGCCGGGGGUACUGCUACAAUGGGAGUUGUCCAACUAUGCUGAACCAGUGCAAUGCAAUCUGGGGUGUGGACUCCGCUGUAAGUGGUAACUCCUGCUUCAAUAUGAAUACCAAUGGUGUAAUCUAUGGACACUGUAAGCAAAAUGGGACCACCUAUGUGCCUUGUGCAGCUGAGGAUAUCAUGUGUGGAGUGCUCUUCUGUAUCAAUGGCACCACUUUUCCUCUUAUUAGUGCACCUUUUGUUACAACUCCUGCAUGCAAGGCGCUCCUGUCUCCUGCAGGAAAGGUACAGAGUGGAGCAAAGUGUGGUAAUGGGAAGGUUUGUUCCAAUAACCAGUGUGUAACCACUGAAACUGCUUAUAUUGGCUCAUCUGGGUGCGACAGCAAAUGUCCAAAAAAUGCGGUUUGUGACCAUGAGCUUAUCUGUCAGUGUACAAAAGGAUGGGUCCCACCCAACUGUAAUGUAGCUGUAACAAGUGGUGUUAUCAGUACAAGUGACCAAAACUUGGAAGGCCCUUCACCUACAGAAUACAUCAUUAUAGACAACGAGUAGAACUCCAUCUUGAAACAACAAAGCUACACCUGAUAGAGUUAAUGGAUUAUAUAAGCAAUGAGAAACAGAUUUAAUAAACUAUAUUACAGCAC